GUGCGCCAUCUUGUACGCCCCAGCUCGAGUGGAGAACGUUGUGGAUGUCGUUCAAUGUAAUAUUUUUUUUUCAUCUAUUUACACGCUUUGGAAACCUACUUUAAUUUGAUACACCUACAUUUGAAACAACAGAGAACAUUUGGAAAUGGCUACGGGAGCAAAUGCAACCCCUCUAGGGAAGCUGCACCCGAGUAUUGGCGCUAAACGAGGCUUUGAUUCCGGGCCUGGUGCGGGGUUUAUGCCUCCACCCGGGCCUCCUGUGUCCUUUCCUUCGCUACCGAAUUUCCAGCCACCAAUUCCAAACGUCUCUUUCCCGCAAGCUCACCCGGUGUUUACUGCGGUGGCUGCUUUUCCCACCCCGCCACAACCACCCCAAGGAGCCGGAAUGCAGUCUCAGUCAGGUAAGCUAGGCUAACUAGCAAGCUAAACAACGUGGAGAAAGGCCUGCACAGUGUAGGGCUGUGUGCGUGAGGCUGAUGUGUUGUGGGUUGAGCAGCAAACGUAGCUUGCUAACACCCCAUAUUAACUAGCCAACAUUAUAGAUGUUUCAGACGCAGAAAGGUAGCUAACUAAUCAUUGUAAUGUGAAAUACACUUCGUACAUUAGUAAUAUAAGUAAUAUGUGCCAAGUGAAGUGAACAGGGUUCUAGCUAACGACGUAACGUUAAACCAAAUAUUAGUUAUAACUGGUUCAACGUUAGCUGGCCAUUUAGCAGUAGCAAACGUUUAGUUAGCAAACAAACUACUUAGGUAUCGUAAAUUGUACAUUAUCAGUCAACAUGUGUAAGAUCCACGUUGAGAAUACCCUCCUCUUUCUCAUUUGUCAGACUUCGGUCAGAAAAAAGCCAGGAAAAGGAGCCGCUGGAGUAGUGAAACACCCGACCAGAAGACAGUCAUUCCUGGUAUGCCCACCGUCAUCCCGCCUGGACUGACUCGGGAUCAGGAGAAGGCCUAUAUAGGUAACUAGCUAACUUCUCCACUACUGUAUAACAGAACUGUACUGUAAACUGUACUAGGUAGUGUUUAGAUUUACUGCCUGGUUCUUUACAUGUCCCUGUGAAAUCCAAUUGCCAUGUAUUUUUUUCACGUUUUGCAUAUUGAAAUGUUAUCCGUAGUUAAUGACAUGUUUGCUGAAUUUCAUCAGUUAGAGCUUAUUGAAUCAGAAAACAGGGCACGUUGAGUCACUCACCGCACAUAUACCCAAUUUGGGAGAGCAAAGUCCUGACUGGUGCAUAACCACGAACUGGUUGAUUUACGUUGAAGGUGAUUCUAGUACAGUAUUUGCCAAUACAUAGAAAAAACGUUUAAAAUGUAGCAACUCAAGCUAUAAUGUGAAAUCAUAUUGCUCUACCUAACGAAAUUCAGUAUUUUAAACAACUGAGUAUACUAACUUGUGGAUGUGGAGUGCAAAGGAAGGCCUUUGUCCUAAGGAGGUACAGUAAUGUUUUUUGUGGCAUCAAGGUUUGCAUACCACUGGACAUCCAUUAGCAAAACAGAAAGGUGUCAAUGUCCCUUGGCAUGAAGGGAUCUACAAAUGUUGUCCUUGUGACAUGCUAAAAUAUUCCUUGAUUUCAUACAUGUGAGUUUAAGGUAUGAGCAAUCCUACUUCAAUGGCAAAACUUCAGACUCAUUUCCUGUGCAUCCUUUCAAAUAGGCACUAAUUCGGAUGUUUUAAGAUAAAAUUAGUUUAAGAAACGGUCAUCUUGACCUUAAAUGCCUUCCAGCAGCAGUGUAACACCACCAAACAGGCCUUAGAGUGGCAGAUAUUUAAUCCUAGAUGCCAUUGUCUGCCGUUGUGCCCUUGAGCAAGGCACUUAACCGCUCACAACAACUUCUCCACCGGCGCCCCCUGAUCCAACCUCUCCAACCUGUAUGUGUCUCAUUUGGAGGGGUUUGGAUAAAGUGGAAGGCAACUUUCGGUUGAGUCUGUCUACUUGUCAAUUACAGAAUGGGUUAUUGAUGUCGUUGAGUCAUUGUUAAUGGUUGGUCUUCCUUGGUAUGUAAACAUUCAUUUGUGCCUACCUUCUGUUUGUAAUUUUUAAUUUUUCCUUUGUUCAUUCACCACAAGAACCACACAAAAGUCCAAUGGGAUUUGUUGGAAGCGUGUAAGAUGAAAUAGCAGUGAAAUAUCAAUUCACAGGGGCUGUAUUCAUCUCUGGUGUCGUUUCUCAAUGAAACCAGAGACUUCGUAGUUGAAUCAUUGUUGAAUCUUGUCAUGAAGGGGUGGGAGUUUAUGGAGGUUGGGGGCACUGGGUUACAUUUGGUCAUGACUCCUAUACAGAAAUGUGCAUGUGAUGAGUGAUUUAUUUUUGUUCCUUCCUAUUUUACAUAACCUAUAGCCCCUUGGCUGUAGAGUCACAGGUGUACAGACAGUGACUCUUUAUUGGCUCAUUGAACUUUAUUAAUGUUAUAUUGUGUUAGGACUACUUGUGAAUCAGGUUUCCCUUUUAUGAUGAAGCCGCAAUUAACUACCAUCAUAUAACAAAUAUCACUUAUUAUUAUUAUGAUAUUACAAAUUGAAAUUAAUCUAAAUGCAAAUAAUAGGGUUUGGAAUGUGGUUAAUUUAUGCUGGCAGGCAUUGAAUGGAACCCUGCUCUAAUGACACUGAAAUGUUGCUGUACAUAUAAACCCUUCCUUCAUUAAUGGGAUGCCAAAUUUUUCAUAUGUACAUGCAUAACAUCCUUGCAUAUGUAAAACACGUCCUGGAUCUUGUUGUUCCCUGAUGAUGACAGUUCACUUUCUGUUCAAUGAAUUGGCUCUAUUUGCAUGGUCCUUUCGGUACAUCCAUGUCCCCCCCGGAAAUAAGGAAGGGUUUUACUGUUGUAGAAUAUUUGCUGGAAUUCAUAAGUAUACUUUAUUCCCCUUGUGUUUUAAUGUUAAUGGUUAAUCAUUCAUUGUAAUCAUGUCUUUUGCCUCUUUAAACAAAUGAGACCGUGCUCUGAUUUUAGAAUGCACUGUUUCCAGAUGAAUGUUAUGGUGGUAACUACAUUUCUCUCCACCCUUCUUGUUUUUCUUUCCUAACCUGAAUUCUUCCAGUCCAACUGCAGAUUGAAGACCUGACUCGUAAACUGCGUACAGGAGACCUGGGAAUCCCUGUUAACCCUGAGGACAGGUCGGGAAAAGUUUUAAACCCACGAACAGUAACAUUUUCUCUACCUUGUUCUUUUGACGCCGAAUGUUGGUCUUUGGUGAAAUGACACAUAAUUUUCAGAAGAUGCUUUAGGUCUUGAAGUGUGGUAGGUUUAGUAGCCAUUCAGUAGUGGUAGAGCCAUAUUGAAGCAUAGUAGCUUAAGUUUCUCAGUUUAUAUUAUUUUCUUCAGUAGUACACAGGGAAGGCCUACUUAUAGUCACAACUUCCAGGGUGACUAAAGCUUUUGGCUCUGAAUACAUUUUGAAGUAUUACCUUUCAGUGUGACGUCUAAACUUUUUAGAUGUAGAUAUUCAAUUAUGAAUUGGGCAAUCUAAAUUGGAAUUACGAAAAAGUGAUGGUUAUAGAAACCUUAUGGGCUCUUAGUUAACGUGUGCUGUGAAGUUACCAUGGUCACCUCUCCAGUGAACUUGGUGUUCUUCAAGCAUUUCCAGCUGAUGUUUAUACCCAUCUAAAUUAGCCUCAUAAGUUUCUAUUGUUCUUAAUAGUCCACAAUGAUUUUCUUCUACUUAAAUGGCAUCAUUGUCUCCUGACAAAUGGCAGUAUUACUAAUCAUAUCUGUCAAAAUACAAUUACCCUCAUUCUGAAUAUAUCACACUAUAUAUAUAUAUAUAUCCCACUGCAUUAGCUGUAACCUCUUAUAUCUAUCUUAAUCAUAUGUAGUGUCUUAUUCUUAUUGCAUAUGCAUCCUGAUUUAGCCAUUCUGUCAACUCAGAUGUCGACUGUGUGUGUGACAUUUUAAUAAUGCGUCAUUGAUGGAGUAAUUUUCUUCAACAAUGCAGGUUUGGGGCAAUACUUAUGAAUCUAAGUUAAUCUUAUUAUUGAUUAGCAGCUUAUGGUUGAUAAUAAUUGAGAUUUUAUUGAUUGUCAGAAUGCAUAUUUCAGUCUCCUUGACUAGUCAUGUAGCUGUAAGGUAAAGGGAAUUAGAAGGUCUAGCAUCUUAGUUAUAUAAUGAUAUACAGAUUGCUAAAUGAACAACUAGGACAAGUUUAGUUUUCAGUAACAGGUUUCUUUAGAAUAACCUGCUUCUGCUUGACAUGACUAAAAAUCCUGAUGUGUUGCCCUGGUCUUGACUCGUCUCGUCAAUUCAAGUGGUCCAACCAUUUAGACUCCACCAGAAACCUGACAAAUUAACUUUUAACCGUUGGAUGUUUUUCCAUGGUCAUUAAUGGGUUUUCCAUAAUGAGACUUCAGGUCAUUCCGCCCAGGGGGUUCCAAAGUAUUCCAGGUGGAACUCUGGGGCUCUGGAGGAGAACCCCUCUGAUCCUGACUAUUCCGGAAUGACACAGACCGGCUCUGACGCUUUAGUAGUCUGCAUAAGCAUCUAUUAUUCCAGCAAGAAAUGUAAUGUUCUUUUUAUGAGUGUGAGGUUGAUAUCGCUUUGUUGGCCACAGUCCCUGUUGUCUGUACUUUACAUAGUUUCAUUAUCCUAAUCAGACAUUUCCACAGCGACAACAACAAAAAGCUCAUCCCAGGACGCUAAUAACGUCACUCCUCCACUCCCAACAAAUAACGGGAGUGUUUCAGGUUGUCCGCAGUGGAAAUUUCAAGAUGUAAAAAGAGAAACCUCUCCUAUAUUUUUCUACUUUUCCUCCUGAAAUGUUCAUCGACCAGAUGUUAGCUCUCACUUGUGGGAGAGCACACAAUUUAAAAGGGUUAACGUCUAAUCAUAAUUCAUUUUCUCUAACCCCAAAUUACCCCUUGUCACCUUAACCUUUUUCAAGCACAGAGCCUCUUUAACGCAGCGAAACAGGUUUUCAGGUGUUCCAUCCAAGGGGAAGGUAUGGACCUGGCUUAAACACCCUCUCCACCUCGGCAUCCAUUAUGGCACCGUCUUACUCCCAAAGCCAGCGGUUCCUUUAGGAAUGCAGCACCUUUUUUUUAUUUUUUUUAUUGCCCACCCCUUUCACUUUACAUCCGGUAUGCAGGAUUAAUUCUGUCUAGAUAGAUUUAGUUGUUGAAGUGGUGGUUGCCCCUUCAGAAUAGUCUUUAUUACAUAUCGCAAGGUGAUAUGUCCCCAUUUCAGACGUGUAUAAAAUCCCAGAAACCAAUUGGCCAGUCAAACGCUACAGACUAGUAGCAGCAAAUGUCCCUUUGAGAAUGCAGGAAGUAAAGCCAAAUAGCUAUCACAUAGCCAUCCCUAUGAGAGAUGACUUUGUUUUUCCCCAGUGUGACCAUCUGCUUACCGUAACCAUUGUUUCUCUUGCCUCCCCUUCACUGAGAAGUGGCACGGGGACAUGACCAUGAUAUUAUCAAGUGUUCCUUAAAAAAAAGGUUUCUUGGUAACAAUGUUAUUCAAGGCUUAGUUAGACAUAGGGAAACUUGUGUAUGAUUGUCAAUGGUCUUAGUUCUACAUCUAGUUGGAGAUAUUAACGGUUGUCUGUCUGUACUCUCUCCCCCUCCCCUCCCCCAGGUCCCCGUCUCCAGAGCCCGUCUACAACAGCGAGGGGAAGAGGCUGAACACCAGGGAGUACCGCACACGCAAGAAGAUCGAGGAGGAGCGUCACUCCCUCAUCACCGAUAUGGUGGCACUCAACCCUGAGUUCAAGCCCCCCGCUGACUACAAGUAUGUGUCCUGUUCCCCUAUCUACUAACAUGGUCUUGUUUAUUUGGAUCCCCAUUAGCUGUUACUAUAGCAACAGCUGUUUAUCCUCUAGUUUAUUCCCGCUCCCCCACCAUUUUCUUUCUUGUUUGUGCCCUGUCGUUUUCAUUACACUUUAUGGUUGGUCCGAGUUUCAGAACUAUUGCUGUGUGUCUCUGCUGGUUUUAACGUGACUUCUGAGAACAGCCAUGCUUCAAAUCAAAUGUUAUUGGUCACAUACACAUAUUUAGCAGAUGUUGUUGCGGGUGUAGCGAAAUGCUUGUGUUCCUAGCUCCAACAGUGCAGAAGUAUCUAACAAUACACGCAAAUCUCAAAGUAGAAGAAUGGAAUUAAGAAAUAUAUAGAUAUUAGGACGAGCAAUGUCGGAGUGGCAUUGACUAGAAUACAGUAUAUGCAUACGAAAGGAGGAAAACUCACAUUAUUCUAUUCCCUGUAGAGACUGGGUUAUAGCCUUCACUAUACUGAACAUUAUUAUCCCCCACAGGCCCCCAGCCACCAGGGUCAACGACAAGGUGAUGAUUCCACAGGACGAGUACCCAGAGAUCAACUUUGUUGGCCUGCUGAUUGGGCCACGGUGAGUUAAAUUCAUUACCAUGAGGGUGGCAUUUGCCAGGGACCUCACGAUACGAUAUUAUCAUGAUACUUGGGUGCAGAUACGAUAUGUAUUGCGAUUCUCACGAUUCUAUAUGAAUUGCGAUUCGAUGUUCCAAACAUAUUGCUCACCAUAUGUCUGCUGCAGAGGGACAAGAGAGAGCCAUGAGAACCAGUUAUGAUCAGUCAUGGAAAUAAAAGUGCUAACACCAAAUUGGCUCCGUAUUUAACAUUUACAUUUACGUCAUUUAGCAGACGCUCUUAUCCAGAGCGACUUACAAAUUGGUGCAUUCACCAAAAAUUUUUUUUUUUUGGGGGGGUAGAAUGAUUACUUUAUCCUAUCCCAGGUAUUCCUUAAAGAGGUGGGGUUUCAAAUGUCUCCGGAAGGUGGUGAGUGACUCCGCUGUCCUGGCGUCGUGAGGGAGCUUGUUCCACCAUUAGGGUGUCAGAGCAGCGAACAGUUUUGACUGGGCUGAGCGGGAACUAUGCUUCCGCAGAGGAAGGGGAGCCAGCAGGCCAGAGGUGGAUGAACGCAAUGCCCUCGUUUGGGUGUAGGGACUGAUCAGAGCCUGAAGGUACGGAGGUGCCGUUCCCCUCACAGCUCCAUAGGCAAGCACCAUGGUCUUGUAACAGAUGCGAGCUUCAACUGGAAGCCAGUGGAGUGUGCGGAGGAGCGGGGUGACGUGAGAGAACUUGGGAAGGUUGAACACCAGACGGGCUGCGGCAUUCUGGAUGAGUUGUAGGGGUUUAAUGGCACAGGCAGGGAGCCCAGCCAACAGCGAGUUGCAGUAAUCCAGACGGGAGAUGACAAGUGCCUGGAUUAGGACCUGUGCCGCUUCCUGUGUAAGGCAGGGUCGUACUCUCCGAAUGUUGUAGAGCAUGAACCUACAGGAUCGGGUCACCGCCUUGAUGUUAGCGGAGAACGACAGGGUGUUGUCCAGGGUCACGCCAAGGCUCUUCGCACUCUGGGAGGAGGACACAAUGGAGUUGUCAACUGUGAUGGCGAGAUCAUGGAACAGGCAGUCCUUCCCCGGGAGGAAGAGCAGCUCCGUCUUGCCAAGGUUCAGCUUGAGGUGGUGAUCCGUCAUCCAUACUGAUAUGUCUGCCAGACAUACAGAGAUGCGAUUCGCCACCUGGUUAUCAGAAGGGGGAAAGGAGAAGAUUAGUUGUGUAUCGUCAGCGUAGCAAUGAUAGGAGAGGCCAUGUGAGGAUAUGACAGAGCCAAGUGACUUGGUGUAUAGCGAGAAUAGGAGAGGGCCUAGAACUGAGCCCUGGGGGACACCAGUGGUGAGAGCACGUGGUGCGGAGACAGCUUCUCGCCACGCCACUUGGUAGGAGCGACCGGUCAGGUAGGACGCAAUCCAAGAGUGAGCCGCGCCGGAGAUGCCCAGCUCGGAGAGGGUGGAGAGGAGGAUCUGAUGGUUCACAGUAUCAAAGGCAGCAGACAGGUCUAGAAGGACAAGGGCAGAGGAGAGAGAGUUAGCUUUAGCAGUGCGGAGAGCCUCCGUGACGCAGAGAAGAGCAGUCUCAGUUGAAUGACCAGUCUUGAAACCUGACUGGUUUGGAUCAAGAAGGUCAUUCUGAGAGAGAGAGCAAGAGAGUUGGCUAAAGACGGCACGCUCAAUAGUUUUGGAAAGAAAAGAAAGAAGGGAUACUGGUCUGUAGUUGUUGACAUCAGAGGGAUCGAGUGUUGGUUUUUUGAGAAGGGGUGCAACUCUCGCUCUCUUGAAGACGGAAGGGACAUAGCCAGCGGUCAAGGAUGAGUUGAUCAGCGAGGUGAGGUAGGGGAGAAGGUCACCGGAGAUGGUCUGGAGAAGAUGGGAAACAAGAUAUGAAGGAAAAAUACUGGAGUUUUUGGUGCAGGUACAGCCAACUAGGGCAACAAUUAUAUUGCAGUAUCAAAACAAUACGAUAUAUCGUCAAAUAAUAUCCCAAUAUGUAACCGUAUCGAUCCCCUCCACAUCACUAACGAUGGAUCUAUCUAAUGUUCCUGUGUUGUGGGUCUAUUGGCACAUUGGCUUACAAUGUCUGGGGUUUUGCCUAGAAGUUUCAAUGUCACGGGCACCAGUACAGUGAAAAUGCCUUUCUUGCAGGCUCUAACCCCAACAAUGCAAUAAUCAAUAACAAUGUAAUACUACAAAUAACAAGGUAGAAGAAAAACACACUAUAUAUAUAUAUAUAUAUAUAUAUGUGUGUGUGUAUAUAUAAUGUAUGAAGAACACCUACUAUACAGCUGGUCAGUUCCAGUACCAUAUUUACAAUGUGCAGGGAUACUGGAUCGAUAGAGGUAGAUAUGUAUAGGGCUAAGGUGACUAGGCAUCAGGAUAUAUGAUAAACAGAGUAGCAGCAGCAUAUAUGAUGAUUGUAUGUGAGUGGGUGUGUGUGUGUGUGUGAGCAAAUGAUGGAGUGAGUGUUUGUAUGUGUGUUGGCAUAUCAGUGUGUGUAGUGUGUAGGGCCCUGUGAGCGUGCAUAGAUGAGAACACAAUACAAAUGUCAACCCAGAUAGUCCAUGUAGCCGUUUAGUUAGCUAUUUAGCAGUCUUAUGGCUCGGGGAUAGAAGCUGUUCAGGAGCCUGUUGGUGUCAGACUUGAUCCACCGGUACCGCUUGCCGUGCGGAAGCAGAGAGAACAGUCUUAGUUGGUACUUACUACAUUGCACACACACUGAGGAUGUUACUUGUGUCUUUGCAGUGGCAACACCCUGAAGAACAUAGAGAAGGAGUGCUGUGCCAAGAUCAUGAUCCGUGGUAAGGGCUCUGUGAAGGAGGGCAAGGUGGGCCGUAAGGACGGCCAGAUGCUGCCAGGGGAGGACGAGCCGCUGCACGCCCUGGUCACCGCCAACACCAUGGAGAACGUCAAGAAGGCCGUGGAACAGGUGAGCCCAUCAUAACCUUGUUCUAAACGUCUGCUACAGGCUUUCCCAAACUUGGUGCACGUUUUUGUCCUAGCACUACACAGCUGAUUCAAAUAGUUAACUAAUCAUCAAUCUUUGAUCAUUUGAAUCAGCUGUGUAGUGUUGUGGCAAAAAACAAAACUUGCACCCCUUGGGGUCCCAAGGACUGAGUUUGGGGAAACGCUGAUCUACUGGCUUACCUCUUGUCACUGUCCACUCGUAUAAUAAUACAACUAGCUAGUGCUAUGCAUUCUUAAGUUGAUUUGCAUACAUGUUUAAGGGUUGUCCACUAUGUUGUCCCCCGUAGAUCCGCACCAUCCUCAAGCAGGGCAUCGAGACCCCCGAGGACCAGAACGACCUGAGGAAGAUGCAGCUGAGGGAGCUGGCCAGACUCAACGGGACCCUGAGAGAGGACGACAACAGGUGAGCCUGCCACAUUCUGACAUCAGCUGUUCGGUGGAAGUUAGGUAAUCCCAGGUACCCUGCCUGGCCUGGAUAAAUGUGCUCACUGCUUCACCCCUCUCUGUUCCCACCCAGGAUCCUGCGUCCGUGGCAGAGCACUGAACCCCGCAGCGUCACCAACACAACCCUCUGUACAAAGUGUGGCGGCGCAGGCCACAUCUCCUCCGACUGCAAGUUCACCAGGUAACUAACCAGCUAUGUACUCUGUUACGUCAAUUAUUCCUGGUCAGAAAUAAGUCUUUUUACUUGCACACAUGGAAUUACUUUGAAAUUAGAUUAUUCUUAUAAGGUACCCAAAAUAGUUUUUGGGCUAGCCCGACCUGGUACUAGAGAUUAUGCAGGAACCUGCCCCUUGAGGUGUUGCAGUCCAACUGGAAGUGGUGAGCCUGUGUCGUGAAUGACAGGUCUAGGUCUACGCCAAGGACCCGGAACAGUGGGUACUUGUAGUGAUCAUAGCUCCCACAUAAAAACUAAAGAAAAUAAAAGACCAUUCAGGAUUUCCAAUAACGUAUCAUUAAAAGGACCUCUCUCUCCCUCUCUCCAGCUCCUUUGCGGCGCCCAGGGCCGGUGAGCCCCCCCAGUCUGCCCAGGACAAGGCCCGUAUGGACAAGGAGUACCUGUCCCUCAUGGCGGAGCUGGGCGAGGCCCCUGUGCCCACCUCUGGCGGGGGACACUCCAACAACCAGAACAGUGGCAACAACAGAGGCAACAACAACAACAACCAGCCGCCACCGGUGAGUUGAAUGUAGUGAAGAACACGACCUGAGUUUCAAUCGUCUUCAAAAGUCUAUACAUCAAAAUAGGCCUUCUGUUCCAAGCCAGAGAUUAAUGUAGACUUUGUUUUUGCUGCAGAGCCGUCCUCCCUGGAUGAACUCUGGCCAGUCUGAGAACAGGAACUUCCACAGCAUGCACGGAGGCCACGGCGGACACGGUGGUCAUGGGAACCAACACGGUGGUCAUGGCAACCACGGGGGUCAUGGAGGUCAUGGAGGCCACCACAACUUCCCACCCCCCAUGUCCAACAUGGGAGGGCACCCCAUGCCCCCCAACAAUGGCAUGCCACCCCCAUGGAUGCAGCCCCCACCGCCCCCCAUGGGCCAGGGACACGGACACCAUAUGGGUAAGAGAGACACUGAAAAGAGACUGAAAAAGAUAAAUGUUUUUCAUUUUUGCAGGUCUUCAUUUUGUGUUCCCUGUUUGUAAACUGUAUUUGUGGUGUCAUGUACACAUGAAGGCAAUACACAGAAGCCAUCUGUUUAGUCUGCACAGUCUAAUCAGUUUUAGCAUCAUAAUUGUGUCCUGUAGCCCUUUUAUACUCAUACCCGGCUUGAAAAGGGCAGGUUUGGGCACUGCUAAACACCCAAAUUGGAACGCAGUGGCUGUACACUAACUUCACAGCUCUGUAUGGGUUUUGACUGACAGGCGUUCUGAACUUGAGAACGGCGCACAACAAGAAGUUUCCCCCAUCCCUCCUGCUAAUUGUGUAACUUUUGGGCUUUUGUUGUCCUAGUGAGGGAAAGGCUGUAGAUUAAGAGGACUAUGUAUUUUGAAAGAUGAGACGUUGGAAGAUUAUAAUAAAGAGCGCUUUGAUGUCAUAUAAGCAAGCCAAAUGUGCACUUCACAUUUCCAUAUCAUAAAACUCAUGUCAUAUACCGUUUUUGAUCACUGUGUUUAAUGUACAGUUACAAGAUUACAUGUCGUCAUACCCUGGGUUGUUCUGAACAGGAUGAGCCUAUGUUUGUCUAUUGAGAAGAAAAUUCACUGCGACACACUCACCUGAAUGCACUCGUGACUCCUGUCAAUGCUCACCAAAAUGAUGAUCCGUUUCCCUGAAUUGCAUUGUGAAAGCCUAACUGUAAUAUCUUAUUUUAUAACUUAGCUAGUCAUGUUGGCAAUAGAACAGGCUUUCAAGUUAUGCCCACCUGACCCAGACUGUGAUUUCUAAUGGACCGUUUUUGGAAUUGCGUAAACAACAACAGUAAUUAUGUGCUUCCUGUCGUUCCUCAGCGACCCAUCUAGGAGAGCUCAAACCAGCACCUUGUAGUUGAAGACUCUUCUUUAUUAUUGCAAUUGUUUUUAUUGCUUUUUAAAAGUAUUGAAGACUUUUAUUUGAGUCAUUAAAGUGCAUUGAAAUGACAGGAACUGUGCACACUUUGGAGAGGUGUUUCUAGCCACUUGAAGACACCAGUUAGUCUUUUUACUCAAACCCUUGUAAUUCCUUUGGCUUAUGUUGCACCUACCCCACAUUUUCCAGGAAUUUUCUUAUGUUACUGAAUGUAUCCAGAGUAUUUUCAGAUUUCGUUAUCAACAAAUGCAGCCAAAAGUACAGUAAAUGUAAAAUUAACAUAAAAUCAAGUGUUUUUUACGUGUUUGGAUUCAGUCUUGUCGGAUGAACUGUUGUCCUCACCUUUGGUCUAAUAAUUCAAACUGUUCCCUUUAGAUUGCUACCAUGUUUAUGCUUUUCAUAUUUCUUCUGUAAGAAACAUUUACAUUUCGCCCUAUCCAUAUAGCCCAAUUCCCACGAGUGUAAAGGGGUUAAUAUUUUCUUUGUCUUCAGGUCUGUUGCCUCCACCCAUGAUGCCGCCACCACCUCCACCCCCGAACAACCAGCCUCCCCCACCACCGUCAGGUCCCCUGCCUCCAUGGCAACAGCAGGCCCCUCCACCCCCUCCUACCAGCAGCAUGGCCUCUAGUGCACCACUGCCAUGGCAACAGAGUAAGAACACCAGCUUUGGCCAGUUAAACAAACACGUACAGCCAGUUAAACAGUUGUGUACGGCCAGUUUCUCACACUUUUCGUGUAGCUGUUAAUUUGACACUUCAAGUUGUAUUUGUCAUAUGCACAAGUACAGUGAAAUGCUUAACUUGCAAGCCUUACCCAACAGUGCAGUAUUCAAUAUCAAACUAAUAAAAUAAAAAAACAUGAGAAAUAAGAGAGGAAGCUAUGUACAGGGUCAGUGCCAGUACCAAAUGGCUACAUGGCUGGUUUACAUUAGAAUGUUGAAGUAUUUCCUUACUUACUUUAUAACAUUGAAUAAGUGCUGCAUGUUAUUUCUAGUCUCUCCCACUGACUAAAGUUAUUUCCUCCCCAGAUACCACCACGACGUCCAGUCCUGGCACUGGUAACCUGCCCCCCUGGCAGCAGCCCCAACAGUCCGCUGCCUCAGCCGCCCAGCCCCCUCCCCCCAUGGGCAACCCCUCAAUGGUCCCCCCUCCGCCCGGGGUCCAGCCACCUCUCCCCCCCGGCGCCCCACCUCCCCCUCCUCCCCCACCCCCCGGCUCAGCCGGCAUGAUGUACGCCCCUCCACCCCCCCCUCCGCCCAUGGAUCCCUCCAACUUUGUCACCAUGAUGGGGAUGGGGGUGCCAGGCAUGCCCCCCUUCGGUAUGCCCCCUGCGCCGCCACCUCCACCCCCCCAAAAUUAA